AUGGCAUUCUCGCAGGGCCUACACGGUGACGAGAUCGAUUUCGAGAACACCUGGGCUACCAUCGAGGCCGCUUUUCGAGAAAUACACACAAAGAAUGCGUCCAAGCUAUCGUACGAGGAACUCUACCGCCACGCCUACCGUAUCGUCUUGAAGAAGAAGGGUGAGGCCCUCUACGAAAAGGUCCACGAAUUCGAGCGAAACUGGCUGAGCACCGAGGUUCGAGACCAAAUCUCGCAACUGCUCUCGCCAAAUCUGCUUGUCGACGCGCAGAGCGUUGGGGGAACUACACCGAAUGAGCGACGUGUGGCUGGCGAGAAGUUCUUGAAAGGAUUGAAGGGGGCAUGGAGCGACCACCAGAUCUGCACGAGCAUGCUGGCAGAUGUGCUCAUGUACAUGGAUCGUGUCUAUUGUGCAGACCAUAGGCGGCCGUCUAUCUACAACGCCGCCAUGGUCCUGUUCCGCGACGAAAUCCUCAACUCUCAAAUCUCCCCGACCGACGCUCGAGCGAUACUCAGUUUGCUGAACCACAUCAUCCUCGACCAGAUACAGAUGGAACGCGAUGGCGACGUCAUCGACAAGCACCUCAUCAAGUCUUGUGUGUGGAUGUUGGAGGGUCUACAUGAGGGCGAGGUCGAGGCAGAAGAGCAGCGACUAUACAACACGUCUUUUGAGAAAGAGUAUUUGGAGACUAGUAGGGUGUUUUACCAUGGAGAGUCGGAGCUCCUGCUCCGCGAUUCACAUGCUGGCGCAUAUUGUAAACACGCCCGACGCAGAAUCUACGAAGAAGACGAGCGUUGCAAACAGACACUGUUGGAGAGUACCGGGCCCAAGAUUCAGAAAGUCGUAGAGGAUGAGCUCAUCAAGAACCGGAUACACGAGCUCGUGGAGAUGGAGAGCGGCGUACGCUUCAUGAUCGAUAACCACAGGCUAGAAGAGCUGAACCUCAUCUACGAUCUGAACAAGCGAGUAGACGAGAAGAAGCUCGAGACCACCCGGGCCAUCCAACAGCGCAUUGUCGAAAUGGGUUCAGACAUCAACAAGGACGCAAUCGCGGCAUCGCAAGCGCCUGCUGUUGCAACUGUUGCCGAUUCCGCCGACAAGAGCAAGGGUCCGGCGCAAGAGAAGAGUCUGAACCAGCAGACUGUAGCUGCGAUCAAAUGGGUCGAGGAUGUCCUUGCCCUCAAAGAUCGUUUUGACAAUAUUUGGCGCGAGUCGUUCGAGUGCGAUCCGUUGCUGCAACAAGCCCAGACCGCGAGUUUCUCCGAGUUCAUCAACUCGGUCACAUUCCCGCGAUCAUCUGAAUACAUUUCCCUCUUCAUCGACGAAAACAUGAAGAAGGGUAUAAAAGGCAAGACUGAGGCUGAGAUUGACGCUGUCCUAGAGAAGGCUAUCAUCUUGCUACGAUACGUACAGGACAAAGACCUCUUCGAGCGUUAUUACAAAAAGCAUUUGUGUCGACGUCUGUUGAUGAACAAGUCCAUCAGCAAUGAAGUCGAAAAGCAGAUGAUCUCGAAGAUGAAGAUCGAGCUCGGCAACAACUUCACCCUGAAGUUGGAGGCCAUGUUCAAGGACAUGACUAUUUCCGAGGAACUUACUGCUGGCUUCAAGAAGCACGUAGAAGGUCUUGGCGAGAAGGAUCCUAAGCGCAUCGAGCUGUCAAUCAACGUGUUGACCAGCAUGACAUGGCCUCUCGAGACUAUGGGUGGUGCAGCUGCCGACGAAGAAGACAAGCGACCGCGGUGCAACUACCCCGUUGUCGUAGACAAGCUCAAGCGCGGUUUCGAGAAAUUCUACAGCCAAAAGCAUUCUGGACGACAACUUACUUGGCUACCCAAUAUGGGAUCGGCGGACAUCAAGGCUGUCUUUCCCAAAGUUGCUCAGAAGGACGGAUCCUUCAAGGAGCGUCGCCAUGAUCUAAACGUGUCGACAUACGGCAUGAUCAUCCUACUCUUAUUCAACGAGCUUGGUGCCGACGAACGCCUGACUUUCGAAGAGAUCCAAGCUCAGACCAACAUUCCUCCGAGUGACCUGAUUCGGAACUUGCAGUCGCUAGCUGUAGCGCCCAAGACGCGAAUCUUGAUCAAGGAGCCCAUGUCCAAGGAUGUCAAACCUACCGAUCGAUUUUCUUUCAACGAAGGAUUCCAGGGCAAGUUCGUCAAGAUCAAGGUUGGUGUUGUCAGCGGCGGCAACAAGGUCGAAAGCGAUCGCGAGCGACGCGAGACAGAGAAGAAGAAUGACGAUUCGCGAGGCUUCUGCAUCGAGGCUGCAGUUGUCCGAAUCAUGAAGCAACGUAAAGAGCUGUCGCAUCAACAGCUCAUGUCUGAAACACUCGGCCAAUUAAAUGGUCAAUUCAAGCCCGAAGUCAACAUGGUCAAGAAGCGCAUUGAAUCGCUCAUUGAGCGCGAGUACCUUGAGCGUGUAGACGGAGCACAGAUCGAUUCGUAUAGGUAUCUGGCCUAG